AUGAAAUCCGGAUCCAACACGUUGAUGUGGUUCAGGAAGGGUCUUCGGAUCCACGAUAACCCAGCCCUCGAGUACGCUGCCAAAAGCUCUACCUACGUCUACCCGAUUUUCGUCAUCGACCCACAUUACAUGAAGCCCGACCCGGAUGCAUUCUCCCCCGGUUCGAAGCUUGCAGGGUUGAACCGCAUCCGAUUCCUGCUCGAAAGCCUACUUGAUCUGGACUCCAGUCUAAAGAAGUUCGGUUCACGAUUGCUGGUGUUACAUGGCGAACCUAGCGAUGUUGUGAUUCGUUGUUUAAAGGAGUGGGACGUAAAAAGGUUGUGCUUUGAGUAUGAUACUGACCCAUAUUAUCAAGCUUUAGAUGGUAAAGUCACAAACUAUGCUUCUGAGAGUGGCAUAGAGAUAUUCUCUCCAGUCAGUCAUACACUGUUUCAUCCUGCAGAGAUCAUCCAGAAGAAUGGAGGAAAGCCGCCACUAAGUUACCAAUCGUUUCUUAAACUUGCUGGAGACCCUCAUUGGUCAUCUUCUCCACUCUGUACCACACUCCCCAUGAUUCCUCCCAUUGGGGAUACUCGGAAUUGUGAGGUUUCUGAAGUUCCAACGGUUAAACAACUUGGGUAUGGAGACAUUCAGGAGGAAUUGUCUCUAUUUAAAGGCGGUGAAUCUGAAGCACUGAGGAGGCUAAAAGAAUCAACUAAUGAUAAGGAAUGGGUUGCAAAAUUUGAGAAACCAAAGGGUGAUCCAUCUGCAUUUAUAAAGCCUGCAACAACAAUGCUAUCCCCCUACUUAAAAUUUGGUUGUCUAUCUUCCAGGUACUUCUACCAGUGCAUUCAAGAGGUUCAAAAAGAGGUCAAAAACCACACCUCUCCACCAACUUCCCUUAUUGGGCAGUUGUUAUGGCGAGAUUUCUUCUACACUGUUGGUUUUGGAACUCCUAAUUUUGAUUCCAUGAGGGGUAAUAUGAUUUGCAAACAGAUACCUUGGAAUGAUGAUGACGAACUGCUAGCGGCAUGGAGGGAUGCUCGGACGGGAUUUCCUUGGAUUGAUGCCAUCAUGGUCCAGCUUCGGAAAUGGGGUUGGAUUCACCAUUUGGCACGUCAUUCUGUUGCAUGUUUUCUAACUCGUGGAGAUCUGUUCGUUCACUGGGAAAAAGGGCGUAAUGUUUUUGAGAGACUCCUUAUAGAUUCAGAUUGGGCGAUUAACAACGGAAAUUGGUUAUGGCUCUCCUGUUCGUCGUUUUUCUAUCAGUAUAAUCGUAUCUAUUCUCCGAUCUCAUUUGGGAAGAAAUACGAUCCUAGUGGUGCAUAUAUCCGGCAUUUCCUUCCCGUUCUAAAAGACAUGCCCAAGGAGUAUAUUUACGAGCCGUGGACAGCUCCGUUAAGCAUUCAAACAAAAGCAAAGUGUAUCGUCGGAAAAGACUAUCCAAAACCAGUAAUUUCUCAUGAAGCUGCAAGCAAAGAUUGCAAGAGGAAGUUGGCUGCAGCUUACGAGCUGAACAAGAAAACAAAGGGUAUGGAAAGAUUCUUGGUAUUUGAAAUACCGGGGGCGAACCUACUCAAGGGCAUACGGUGA